GUCUACGGCCUGUACGAAUCGAUCACUGAGUCAGCGCUGAUGCAACACACUGACUGUUCUAUCCCGUUUCCUCUCAUCUAAACCGAGUCCACGCCUCAAGAAUAAAAUCAUCAGAACAUCAUCAUGGCAGAACAGCUCAACCCGGAUGAGAAGUUGCAGCUCAUCACGAGGAAUUUGCAGGAGGUGCUCGGUGAGGAGAAGCUGAAGCAGGUGCUCCAGGAGAGGGAGCUGAAGGUAUACUGGGGGACGGCCACCACAGGCAAACCCCAUGUCGCCUACUUUGUCCCAAUGUCGAAGAUAGCAGACUUCCUCAAGGCUGGAUGUGAGGUGACCAUCCUGUUUGCAGACCUGCAUGCCUUUCUGGACAACAUGAAGGCUCCCUGGGAGCUGCUGGAGCUCAGGGUGCAGUACUACGAGCAGGUCAUCAAGGCCAUGCUGGAGAGCAUAGGAGUGCCCCUGGACAAACUCAAGUUCGUGAAGGGGACAGACUACCAGCUCAGCAGAGAGUACACCCUGGACGUGUACCGGCUGUCCUCCAUGGUGACGGAGCACGACGCCAAGAAGGCCGGAGCAGAGGUGGUGAAGCAGGUGGAGCACCCCCUGCUGAGCGGACUGCUCUACCCCGGGCUGCAGGCUCUGGAUGAGGAGUAUCUGAAGGUGGAUGCCCAGUUUGGAGGUGUGGACCAAAGGAAGAUUUUCACCCUGGCUGAGAAGUACCUACCCUCCCUGGGCUACGCCAAACGCUCCCACCUGAUGAACCCCAUGGUGCCCGGCCUGACGGGAACCAAGAUGAGCUCCUCUGAAGAAGACUCCAAGAUCGACCUGCUGGACAAGAAGGAGGAUGUGAAGAAGAAGCUGAAGAAGGCCUUCUGCGAGCCGGGGAACAUCGAGAACAACGGGCUCCUCUCCUUCGUCAAGCAUGUGCUCUUCCCUCUGCACGGAGAGUUCAGUGUCAAGAGGGACCCCAAGUGGGGGGGAGAUAAAGUCUACACAGCGUUUGAGGAUGUGGAGAAGGACUUUGCAGAAGAGCUGGUCCACCCAGGUGACCUGAAGGCCUCCAUGGAGGUGGCUCUCAACAAGCUACUGGACCCAAUCAGGAAGAAGUUUGAGACCCCCGAGCUCCGCAAGCUGGCCAACACGGCCUACCCCGACCCCUCAAAGACCAAGGCAGCAGGAAAGGGGGCCAAGCCAUCGGCAGCAGGAGAGGAGGCGGAGCUCGCUCCCUCCAGACUGGACAUCCGAGUGGGGAAGGUCACCAGCGUGGAGAAGCACCCGGACGCCGACUCGUUGUACCUGGAGAAGAUCGACGUGGGGGAGGCGGAGCCCCGGACGGUGGUCAGCGGCCUGGUGGCCUUCGUCUCCCUGGAGGAGAUGCAGGAUAGAUCGGUGCUGUUGCUAUGCAACAUGAAGCCCCAGAAGAUGCGUGGGAUCGAGUCCCAGGCCAUGGUGCUCUGUGCCACAAUUGAAGGAGAGCCCAGGAGGGUGGAGCCUCUUGACCCCCCGGAGGGGUCGUCCCCAGGGGACCGUGUCUUUGUGGAAGGAUAUGAGACGGGCAAGCCAGACGACAAACUCAACCCCAAGAAGAAGGUCUGGGAGAAACUGCAGGUCGACCUGAAGCUGUCAGGGGAGUGUGUGGCCCAUUGGAAAGACCAGCAGUUGAUGACCAAACUAGGACCUGUAACGUGCAAGACGUUGAAAGGAGCAAACAUCUCCUAGAUGCUCACUGUUGCGAGUAAACAUGGACACGGUCAGACAUGACAACCUGUGCUUUUUGUCAGCCCAUGUGAAAAUGCAGUCAUAACUCAUCAAGCUCAAAUUGAAACGACAUCGGCAUCGGCCAGAGACGAUGAGUUUUCUGGAAGACAUUUCUAAUAUCGGGGGCGGGAUGUGAAUUCAAGUCACGUAUUCUUACAGGUAUGAAGGGUCAUUGUGAAAUACAGUCAUUGUGUUAAUCGCCACUGUCCAUGGUUUCAUUGGUUCAUGUGGGCCAUGUGUACGCUGAACACGUCCCGUACCAUAUGGGCUGUUUGUAAUGUCAUCCUGCAUAUUCAAUAAACUGUCACCAAUC